AACGUCCUUAUCGACGGGUUUAUAUCGUCGUUAACUACGUUCAGUAUAGCUAUAACGUCAAACCACCACGUAUCUUGACUAGCAACCAGGCUGACAGGCGACAGGAACCACACAUUUCAUGAUUCGGUUCGCGUUCUUUGGUAGCGGCUGUAAGGACCGAAAACCUACACACCCCACAAUUCCAUUGGCGCUCCAUCGCGCCCUCGCCUCAUCAGCUGUUGUACGAGCAAGCAGGCAACAGCAUCCUGCAGGUCUUGUGCUCAAGAUGUGGUUUCUAUUAUUCUUCGCCAUCCCCGGCGUGGCGAUGUUACUCGUGCUUUUAUUUGCGACUCACAUACGAAGAUACGCUGCGGGAGGCGCGUGCACGUCCUCAGCUCGCCUGGACGGGAAGACGGUCCUCAUCACCGGGGCCAACACCGGCAUCGGGAAGGAGACCGCCCUGGAUCUUGCAACACGAGGAGCUCAGGUGAUCAUGGCGUGCCGGGACAUUGACAAAGGCGAGGAGGCGGCCGCCAGCAUCCGCUUCUCUUAUCCAAAAGCACAAGUGGAGGUUCGGAUGCUGGACUUGGCGGACACGUGCUCGAUACGAUCCUUUGCGCAGCAGUUCCUGAAAGAUUUCACUCACCUUCACGUCCUCAUCAACAACGCAGGGGUCAUGAUGUGCCCCUACACCAAAACCAGCGAUGGCUUUGAGAUGCACAUCGGAGUCAAUCACUUAGGCCACUUCCUGUUGACCUCCCUUCUCAUCGGCCUGUUAAAGCGCAGCGCUCCGGCCAGGAUCGUGGUGGUGUCGUCCCUGGCGCACAACUUUGGCUGGAUCCGCUUCCACGACCUCCACAGCCAGGGCAGCUACAACAGCGGACUAGCGUACUGCCAGAGCAAGCUCGCCAAUGUGCUGUUUGCUCGCGAGCUAGCUCGCCGCCUUGAAGGGUGCAACGUGACGGUGAACUCUGUCCAUCCCGGCACGGUGAACUCUGACCUCACCAGGAACUCCACCCUCAUGAUGAUCCUCUUCAGCUGCUUCUCCAUCUUCCUGAAGACCCCUCGCGAGGGCGCCCAGACCAGCGUCUACUGCGCUGUAGCCGAGGAGCUGCACUCCAUCUCAGGAAAACACUUCAGUGACUGCGCCCCCGCCUUCGUGGCCCCCCAAGGGAGGAGCGAGGAGACCGCCAGGAGAAUGUGGGACGCCAGCUGCGAGCUCCUCGGCAUCGAGUGGGACUGAUUCCAACGGAAGCCUUAAGCUCCGCCCAUCUUGGCCUGCUUGUUUUUGGAUGGUGUAUCCACAUCAUCAUGCGUCAUUUUGCAUUUUGUGUGUGUGUGUGUGUGUGUGUGGGGGGGGGGGUUAUUGGUGAGCUAUUUGCUGCUCACAUCUUCUAAAAGCCCGCCCACAAUAAUGACCUUGUUAAGACAAUGUCAGUCUACUUCCUUUCUGUAAGAGCAUUUUGGUACCCCCAAAAAGGUGUGAUACUGUAUAUUUUAGUGACACAACGUGAAAGCAAGCGGCUGCAAGUCAUGCUGUAGGACAGGGGUGUCCAAAGUGUGUCCAUUGGAGGACAACAGGAAAACUACACCCAAUAAAGUCAGGUUAGGUGGGGGAUCAAAGUCUUCAUGAUACGGGAAGAAGAUUGAAAUAUUUGGGAAAUGAAAUGGAUUAUUUUAUUGCAGGAAGGUUGAAAUAUGAAGAGAGACAGAAAGAAGUCAUCAUUUCAAGACAAUAACUUCUUUUUUUUAAAGUCGUCAUCUUAUGAAAACCAAAAAAUAUGACAGGAAGAAAUUUACAAGGAUGUAAGAAAGUUGAAAUAUAUGGAAAACCAAUAAAAAAGGGAAAAACCUGCAGAAAUUUUACAAGAAUAAACUAAUGUCACUUUAGCAGCAUUUAGAGUUGAAAUGUUCAAGAAGAAAGUGGUAAUAUUAUGAGGAACAAGGAAAACAAAAUAAAGUUGGCAUUUUUGGAAAAUUAGGUUGAGGAAAAGUGACAAUAUUAUGGGAAUAAAGUCGUCACGUUUUAAAAGAACAUUUACAAGAAGAAAGUUGAAAUUGUUGGAAAACGGAAAUAACUUUACAUGAAUAAAGUCAAAAUGUAUUAUGAAAAAAUUCAUAUUCUUACGAGAAUAAACGUACAAGAAUAAACUAAUGUCACUUUAGAAGCCUUUAGAGUUGAAAUAUUCCAGAAAAAAAGACCUUUUUGAAAAAGUUGUAAUGUUGUGAGGAAAAGAAAAGAACAUUUACAAGGAUUAUUGAAGAAGAAAGUUGAAUUAUAUGGAGGAUUAAAAAAGUGAAGUUGGCAAAGCUGACAUGUAGAAGUUGGCACUGCCCGACCUCUUGGCGUAGCUGGAGGGGCAAGGUUUGGACACCCCUGCUGUAGGAUGCGUGAUAUGGCGCUGAGCGGCCCAAACAGGGCCAGGGGAGUAUGGAAUCACAGGAGUGCCAAAAUUAAAAGACAAUCAAUAAUACAAAAAACAUACAAAUGUAGUCAUAUUCUUUUUCUAUUUUGUCUUUGUUUUUUCCAAGUUGCCGUUGUUUUUCCUGUUUUGUCAUUGCAUUUGGUAAUCCCAUGCAAAUGCGGAGGAAUGACCCGCCCACAGUCAUUCAAAAGUCAACGGGGGAAAUUUAAAUCAGAUAAGAGAUCUUCAAGAUGGCGCCACACAGCUUCAUCCAUAUCUGCAUUCAUCGACGCAGAUAUGGCCUUUAAAGACUUUCAAGACUUUUUUUAUCAAAACUUUCCAUGACGUUUUCCACCAACCGAGCAAUUGCUCAUAAUUCUCGUUGAACACCUCUUCUCAACUCGUCCACGUCCACCAUAUUUCACUUUCCCCGUUCGCUUUUGAUAAACGUGUAUUUGCGUAACCAUACACGACAUAACCACUGCAAGCAGGCAUCCUGGCAGAAUGACCCGCCCACGUCACUCUUCUGCAUUUGCAUGGGAUUACCAAAUGCAAUGACAAAACGCAAGUGAGAAAACAAAGACAAAACAGGGAAAAAAGACUACAUUUGUAUAUUUUUGUAUUAUUGAUUGUCUUUGUAUUUCCACACGUAUUGCCUUUUAAUUUUGGCACUCCUGUGAUUGCAUGGGGGAGAGGCAUCUUUGUCGGGUGUUUCACAUUGUUUAUGUGAGGAAAAGCUUGCAGGGUUUAUUCUUCCAGCGUAGGAGGAUACAAGGAAGUAGGAAGGAUACAAGGAAAGGUGCAAGCCAAGCCACGUCUGUUAAAUGUGACUUUGUGACGUACUGUCAAGCAGGCAAUACACAACACUGUGUUCAUGCUUUUUUUCUAGAAAAACUGGUAAAUGAGUGGGGACUCCUUGGUCAGCCUUCCCGCGGUCGGUCGGGUGUUUUUCCACGCGCGGGACUUUUGCCUUUUCACCGCCGCUUAACCUUCACGUCGCAGAGUUGAAUGUUUGCAUUUCGUGUCAGUAAAGGACAGGAUGACCCACGUCUGCUUCUUGUUGUCAGUCCUUCCCACCGUGCCCCCGCUUCCACUUCAGCACCCCCGGCAUCAAACUCGCUCCCGAGCAGACGUGACAUCUGUAAAGCUGACAUAGAACAUAGAAUUAUACGACAUAGACUCAAGUCUGGACACAAUAAUGGCAAUAAUGCGUGUGUUAUUUAUUGAUGUGAAUAUAGUAUCAUUAUUUGAUCAAAUCUACAUUUCUUUGGCUAUUUUGAUGUUUUGAAUAGAAAUUGUGUUUUGAAUGAUUUGGUUCUGAAUGGCCGCACGGUGGUCAAGUGGUUAGCAUGUUGGCCAACACAGGAACAGCCUGGAGAUGGGAAGACCUGGGUUGGAUUCUCCCUUGGGCAUUUCUGUGUGGAGUUUGCAUGUUCUCCCCGUGUGUGUGUGUGGGGGGGGGGUUUCUGGGUACUCCGGUUUCCUCCCACAUUCCAAAAACAUGCAUGUUAGCUUCAUUGGAGACUCUACAUUGUCCAUAGGUAUGAAUGUGAGUGUUUGUCUAUAUGUGCCCUGCCAUUGGCUGGACACCAGUCCAGGGUGUACCCCGCCUCUAACCCGACCCUAAUGAAGAGAAGCGGUACAGGAAAUGGAUGGAUGGAUGGAGGUGAGGUGCCUGGUGCUUUCAGCAGUUGAGUCUGUUUUGAUAUUUCCACUACAAAGGCAAAAUGAGUACACAUAGGACUGGAAGACAGUGGUGAGGUGUGCUGUAGGUGUGACAGAGGAGUUCAAGGUGGGGGUGGGACUGCAUCAGGGAUCAGCUCUGAGCCCCUUCUUGGUGGCUAUGGUGAUGAACAGACUGACAGACGAGGUUAGACAGGAAUCUCCAUGGACUAUGAUGUUUGCAGAUGACAUUGUGAUCUGCAGUGAGAGCAGGGAACAGGUGGAGGAGAAGCUAGAGAGGUGGAGGUUUGCCCUGGAAAGGAGAGGAAUGAAGGUUAGCGCAGUAAGACAGAGUACAUGUGUGGGAAUGAGAGGGACCCAAGUGGAUGAGUGAGCUUACAGGGAGAAGAGAUCAAGAAGGUGGAGGAUUUGAAGUACUUAGGGUCAACAGUCCAGAGCGAUGGAGAGUGUGGAAAAGAGGUGAAGAAGCGUGUACAGGCAGGAUGGUACGGGUGGAGAAAAGUGUCAGGUGUGAUGUGUGAUAGAAGAGUUUCAGCUACAAUGAAAGGAAAGGUGUAGAAAACUGUGGUGGUGUUUGGUCUAGAGACAGAGACAGAGUUGAAGAUGCUGAGGUUCUCUCUGGGAGUGACCAGGAAGGAUAGGAUCAGGAAUGAGUACAUCAUAGGACAGCACAUGUUAGAGGUUUUGGAGAUAAAGUCAGAGAGGCCAGACUGAGAUGGUUUGGACAUGUCCAGAGGAGAGAUAGGGAAUAUAUACUGUAGGUAGAAGGAUGCUGAGUUUGGAAGUGCCAGGCAGGAGGCCUAGAGGAAGACCAAAGAGGAGGUUUAUGGAUGUAGUGAAAGAGGACAUGAAGGUAGUUGGUGUGAGAGAAGAGGAUGCAGAAGACAGGCUUAGAUGGAGGCAAUUGAUUGGCUGUGGCGACCCCUGAAGGGAAAAGCCCAAAGGAGAAGAAGAAGAAGUUGGGUGGUACCUGGCACAACAGCAGGCAUGUCCUGGAGCAGGAAUGAAGAGGGGAUGUCAACCAAGAGCAUCACCAACUGACAAACGAGGGUCAGCCUGGCAUCAUUCAGUGGUGUUGGCAGAUGAACCGUGUGUCCGCUCAUCCCGCCCGUGACGUGAAGGUCCAGAACAUGGCCACUGUAACGUCUUCUGCGGCGCUGGCUGUGCGGAUGCGGACAGUCGUUUGAGCCAAACUGAUUGAUUGAGCCACACUUCAAUACAGUCAAGAACCUUUUUUUCCUCAAGUUUCCAAACCACGAACGUCUUCCCCAGCCCGACCGCGACAGGACCCCGUCUCUGUCCCGAGUUCCAGGGCGAACUUACGUAAGGUAAGUCCCAGACUUCUGCACUUCAGGAAAUGACGUCCGAAUUUCUAUGUGUCCCUGGUUACGUAAGUUGUCGUCGUGAUACCAAAAUAAGAGUCCUUAUUUUCUUCAGCCACUGCAUGACAAAAGGAUUGAGCUGGGCAGUAUGUCAACACGGGGCCAAGAAUACAAUGUUGCAGAAACAUGCGCCAUUACUUUAUACAGCCUGUGUCACGUCUUUAUUGUAAAUGUGAUCAUUAUUCUUGCUACUCAGACAAUAAACUCGUGAAAUGUCAUAUGGGAGGCACUUGCAGUACUGAUGCAUCCCGAAGGGGUCGGGCGUACCUGAGCUGAAAGGUGCUUGUUCUUCCGCAAGCGUUAAAAGCGAACAAAUGGGACUAACAAGUAUCUGAAAACGACUUCAAAACUGGAACCCAAUUAUUCUUUAGCUUAUCCUCUUAACGAGCAGCCUUUUUUAACAUUAAAAAGGAGCCAGUGCCUCACCAGCAGUGCACACUUCAGUGCUAGUGACCUUCUUCCGCUGCGCUGACAGGCCAGGAGAGGUGCAGCGUUGCAACUUCUGCUCAACAGGAGAUCCCAAAGGCGUCCAUCUUGACAGGAAAUUGGCUUUGCUUAAGGAACCCUCAUGUAGGCAGAGCUCCCUCUCCUUAUUGAUGACGCAUUUCAAGCUAGUGUACCGUGGCUGGCCCGGACCCCCCAGUGCCUAAUAAAAUAUUUUCCCUAAACCAGAUGGGCCCCAAAAUGAUAUAAAAGUCCAGAAUUCAGGUAAGGGAAUUAACGAACCAGAAUGUAAAAUAAGUACACUGACUUGCUUUCAUAAUCACAAGUUUAUUGUUGAUUGAACAGGGACAAUGCUCGAAAAAGACAUUCAUUACAUCUCCUUUCCAUCUCUUAUAUCCCAGGACUGGUGGCUAAGACAAUAAAAUACCACCAAAAAUGAUGAAAAUACAAUCAAAAAUAAAAUACAACCAAAAUCAAUACAAUCCAUCCAGCUAGUACAUCUAUUUAUACACUCAUCAAUAUAUUAGGGACUCUAAUAGCUAUUUAUUCAAAUGGUAUUUGGGGGUGGGACACUUCUCAUUCAAUGUAUGCAUCAUGUCUGAAUUCAACAGUUCGAAAAUAAUCAAGAGUUCUAGCAAAUAUUCGAGCUAAUCAGCAUCAGCUGGGGAGCUACCUGUUGGAGACCCCUAAACUACACGCAGCAUCUCGGUCAACCACUGAAUACAUCGCUGGUGAUUUACACAACCGUUCUCAACACUUUUCUGACUUUUCGAUGAUACAUGUCAGAAUAUCAAAAAAAGACCAACAAUAUACGACCACGAAUGCUGAUUUGUCAAUAACACAUCAGAAUAUCAAAAAACACUUCAAUGAAGUUCCAUGACCAUAAAUGCUGAUUUGGCAAUAACUUUCCAAAAAGAUUAUUUUUUAAAUGCGUCAGUGAAAUUACAGCUCCAUAAAUUGUGUUUUGUCAUGAAUACUUUCUGACAUUUGGAGUGAUUAUACAUGUCAGAGUAUCAAAAAAAGACUUGGCCAUGGAUGUCACUCAGAUGGUUUCUCCCCUGGAAAUAAAGAGGAAGGAAAGCAUGGUUAUUAUAGCCACGUGUUGCUCCAGAGCCUGAUAGCCAUGCAGGACAUACUUACAAGUGAUUGGUCCAAUGGUUAGUGGCUUCAUUGGAGGAGACUUUGGGACGGAGCGUUUUGCUCUCCCCGGGCAGGACUGCAUGUGGAAAACAUGACAACUAAGUUCUUCAGCAACAGACACGGCAUUGUUAUUGAACAGAAUACGGCAUGUGACUCACCGGGAUGCAGAAUGCACUCCUCUGGUCACACAGGCUGAGACUGCAGUGGAGGUAAACAUCUCGGUAUUCCUGAUCAAGAGGGUAGACCUGGGCCGAGAAACGUGCCUGAAGGGAUGAGCCGCUCUCAAUCACAAACACUUUCUGGCGCUUAAUGGGACAUCUAAUUAAAAAAAAAAGUUUAUGAUCAGCAUUC